GGAAGUUCCGCGUUUAACCCACCUUAUAGCGUCUUCAGAGCUCGGACGAGGUAGGGCUGCUGUGAGAAGGAAGGUGAACACCACUCCUUCAAGCAGGUGGGAGUUCGAUCAGCAAAGCCCAGCGGAGCGAGAGGGAGAGGGAGCGAGAAGCAGAGGGCGAGGUUGCAAACGGAGAGGAACGGUCCCUUUAUUAUUAAGCUUAUACGGGCCUCUAUUUCGAAUUUAUUUUGUGGGUCACAACUCUUAUAUUUGGGAAAGUGAGAAGGUUGUUUGUUGACUUUCGGUGAGUUAGGGGAGAGGAAGCUGCCUUGAUUCAUAGAGUGUACUUCUUAUAUAACUGCUGGAGUACUUGCUACUGCUUGACCUGUCGCUUUUCUCUCUUCAUUUUGAUUCUGAGGAAAUCUGAUUGAAAGUUGAUUAAACAAUCAUGGGUUAUGCUCAGCUUGUGAUAGGUCCAGCUGGUAGUGGCAAGUCCACAUAUUGUUCAAGUUUGUACCAACAUUGUGAAGCUGUACGUCGGACAAUGCAUGUUGUGAACUUGGACCCUGCUGCUGAAAAUUUUGACUAUCCUGUGGCAAUGGAUAUAAGGGAACUCAUUUCUUUGGAUGAUGUUAUGGAGGAACUUGGGUUAGGGCCUAAUGGUGGUCUUAUGUACUGUAUGGAACACCUUGAAGAAAAUCUGGAUGAGUGGUUGACAGAAGAACUGGACAAUUACUUAGAUGAUGAUUACUUGGUUUUUGACUGCCCUGGUCAGAUAGAGCUUUAUUCACAUGUGCCAGUGCUUCGGAAUUUUGUUGAACAUUUGAAGCGUAAAAAUUUCAAUGUUUGUGCAGUGUACUUGCUUGACUCACAGUUCAUGACAGAUGUCACCAAAUUCAUAAGUGGAUGCAUGGCUUGCCUUUCAGCAAUGGUUCAAUUGGAAUUACCCCAUGUUAAUAUUCUCUCUAAGAUGGACCUUGUGACUGACAAAAAGGAUAUAGAAGAAUUUUUGGAUCCAGAGCCCCACUUCUUGUUGUCUGAAUUGAAUCAACGGAUGGCUCCUCAGUAUGCGAAGCUGAAUAAAGCUUUGAUUGAAUUGGUGAAUGACUAUAGCAUGGUGAGUUUUAUACCACUGGACUUGAGGAAGGAAAGAAGCAUCCAAUAUGUGUUAGCCCAAAUUGAUAAUUGUAUUCAGUAUGGAGAAGAUGCAGACGUAAAGGUUAAAGAUUUUGAUCCCCCAGAGGACGACGACUAGCUUUUUCUCCUAUGCAGCAUCUCCUGGUAACUUCGAACGCUGUGCCAUCACAAAUUUAUAAUGACCAAAGAUUCCAUCAAGGAGGUAGCAUUGUGUCAAUAAUCAAUAUAUAGGAUCACAGCUUGAUGUUCUGUGAUGAAUUCUCUAAACUAGCCAGAGAUGGAGACAAAGUUUGUGUUUAUAAGAAUGAGUGGACCUUUAAUGAGAAUGAAAUGGAAAUAUUGAGUUCGUCUGGUUGAAACUGUA